GAUUAAUGGCUGAAUUUACUUUGACAUUUCGCUAAACUCUUAGGAAUGAAUAAAAUUCGCGUUUUGCGGUGAUCCUUCAGCGUUAUUAUGAAUAAAACAUAACAAUUAAUUAAUAUAACGUAAAUAAUUUAGAUUCGAAUUGUGUGACUGUGUGCUGUACUGCGUUCCUAAACCAAAGAAAACCCACCCUUAAUAUCUAGUCAGGCGAAACGUUUUGAAAUUAUUUAUUUCGUGCUUCGUUUGUUUUUCUAAUUGAAUAGCUAUGGGAGACCCGUUAUGUUCUAUUUUUCUUAAUUGUGCAGUGGCCAGUGUAAAUUUCUCAUACCGUUCGUGCUAGGGCGGUGAAGAAAACAAAUGUUUAUUUUUUAACGUUCCAAAAACUAAUUUGAAUUUCGAUAAUAAUUUACAAUGGAGGAACAUUGAAACCUUAUUUUUUAUGAUAUUUUGAAUUUUCUAUUGAAAUUUUGUGUGGUUCCAAGUGUGUGAGUUGAAAUUUAAAAUGGUUACGAUGAACACAAACGAGAAGGCGGCACAGAAGGCCUGUCAACAGGGGCCUUCAAGAGACGUGACAAAAUGCGGGAAAGAGACGGAGAAUGAUAAGAAAGAGAAGAAAGACAAGGACAUGAUAUCGAACCUACCACCAAGCGUUCAAGCUCUGAUGUCCACUAUACCGUCGCCUGAAGAGUCUCCCAAUUACUUGGCUUAUAAAAAGAUGGAGGCAAUAGUCGAAAAGAUGCAAGAUGAAAAUACAGGUGUCCCCGUGAGAACCGUCAAGAGUUUUAUGAGUAAAAUACCAUCUGUGUUCACAGGCUCAGACCUCGUAGCGUGGCUGGCUAGACACCUAAAUCUAGACGACACGUGGGAAGCCCUACACCUAGCACACUUGCUAGCCGCACAUGGAUACCUAUUCCCUAUAGACGACCAUUGUUUGACCGUGAAAAACGAUAAUACGUAUUAUAGGUUCCAAACGCCAUAUUUCUGGCCGUCCAACCAAUGGGAGCCUGAAAACACUGAUUAUGCGGUGUACCUGUGCAAGCGCACGAUGCAGAACAAGGCGCGGCUGGAGCUGGCCGACUACGAGGCGGAGUCGCUCGCGCGCCUCCAGAAGAUGUUCAGCAGAAAGUGGGAGUUCAUAUUCAUGCAGGCCGAGGCGCAGAGCAAGGUCGACAAAAAACGCGACAAGCUGGAGCGCAAAGUGCUCGACAGUCAGGAGAGAGCGUUCUGGGACGUGCACAGACCGAUGCCGGGCUGCGUCAAUACAACGGAAUUGGAUCCGAAGAAAUUAUCGAGGUUGAAUGCUCUGAAGCAGAAACGAUUGCAGCAGUGCCAAGAAAUCAUAUUGCAGCAUAAUUUGAAGAACAAUCCAAUAGUGACCAUUACGAAUGCGCAAGAGAGCGAAGAGGCGAUACAGAAGAGCACGGAAGCUGUCAAAGAGAAUGGCGAAACGUCGCAACCGGAGCAGCCGGCGGAGGAGAGCAUCGACAGCCAGAUAGAAGCUGCGAAGCGGCAGGUGGCCGUGCUGAAGGCGCGCCUCGAGAGGCGGAACGUGCGCGUCAGCAAGGUGGCCGAGAUUUUCAUAUCAUACUGCGAGCAGUAUUCGGAAUACGACUCCUUUCUAACUCCCCCGGAAUGGCCGAAUCCCUGGAUAAGCGAUACCACGGAGCUGUGGGAUCAGGAGAAGCAGUGCAAGGAGCCGCUGCCGCUGCGGCGCGUGCGGCGCUGGUCGUUCUCGCUGCGCGAGCUGCUGCGCGACCCGCCCGGCCGGGAGCACUUCGCCAGGUUCCUCGGCAAGGAGUUCAGCGGGGAGAACCUCAAAUUCUGGCUCGCCGUGCAGGAGCUGAAGGCGCUGCCCGUCCGCCGCGUGGCCUCCCGCGCCAAGGAGAUCUGGAAGGAGUUCCUCGACUGCAACGCGCCCUCCCCCGUCAACAUAGACGCGGCUAGCAGAGAAUUGACUAGAGUCAAAGUGGAGUCCGGCAAGGCGGACCGGUAUUGCUUCGAUCAAGCGCAGGCGCAUGUAUAUCACCUGAUGAAGUCGGACAGCUAUUCCAGAUAUCUUCGUUCGGAAAUGUACAAAGAUUAUCUGAAUGGAUCUAAGAAAAAGACAUCCGUAAAGGGCAUACGAUCAAUCGUGUCGUUCACGGGUCGUAAGGAGGCCUCCACGAACUAAUGCAAUGGAAUUUAAUACAAAACUGGUUUCGACUUAUUUCGGCGCGAUGCGUGGAACGUUCUAGAGAUUCGAAAUUCGAAUUUGGAACGAAGAAGGAAUUGAUUUUUGCGAAAUUCGAAUCGCGUUCGAAUUUGGGAACACGAUUUUGAAUGUCGAAUGUUUUUCGAAUGUUAAUUGAUGUAUUUUAGAUUUUAGAACGGUUUAUUUUGACCAAAGACAUUUUUUUUUACUUUUAGCUUUAUUUCUUAGGAAAAUAACUUUUUGUCUAUAGAUUUGUCGAUUAUCUAUGAUAUAGGAAGCAAUUUUACUUGGAUAAGUCUUUGAAUAGUUGUGCGUAGCUGUUUCUGCGUUAUGGACGGACAGACUCAUAAAAAGUAGGCGUAAAUAAAUAUUUAUAAGGGAUCGUCUUCAACUUCAUUUCACAUAAGAGGCUAUGAAAUAUAUAUAGAUUCAUUCAAGCGACAUAAUUGAGUGAAUAAUUAAAGUUAUCUUCAAAGAAACACAAUGAAGAAGCAAAAAUACUAAUUUUUAUUAAUUAAAAAGAGAUAGAUAUAGUUUUCAGUAUACAUUUGUCUCUUUUCUUUAAUAUAUGUGUAUUAAAUCAAAUGUAAUUGCUUGAACCUGAAUAAAAAUAUAGUUUACGCCACUCAGUAAUAACUUGGUUUUGUGUUGGUGAUAGAUUUUUUUUUAAAUCGGUCCAGCAGUUCCUGAGGUAGCGCGUACAAACAAACAAACUCGAGUACAUGUCAAUAUAAUUAAAAAUGCGUUCAUAUAGAUAUCUCUUUACGAAAACCAAAGUUCAUAAGACUGUUAUAAACUGCCUCUGUACAUGCCAAGGAAUAUAGAGAUGCAUGGAGCUGUUUUUUUUUUUUAUUUUUUUGCGAAGGAAUUGUAUUUUUUUAUUAUAUAAAAUCAAUUGAAUACAUAUAUUUAAGUAUUUUAUUGCUAUUUUAAAAGUAUGUUAUGAUGCUGAGAAAAGAAAUUGGUCCAGAAUGUUUGUGUUGCUAUUAAAAUGUAUAAUUUCUAAUCUACAAUAGAAUAUGAAGAAUAAUUGUCUUUAUGAAGCACUGUGCGGGAAGUGCUGGACCGAUUUUGAUGUUAUUGAUUAGACUUUUUAGUGUUAUGACAUAUUUCGAGUCAUUAGGAAUCUCUUCUAAAGCUUAUCUUAUUAUUGUAAUUUUCUUUGUUAUUUUUCUUUUUUUUUGUCUCAGCCAAUGACUUUUUUUAAUUUAAUAUUAAAUAAUUAAACAAAUAGCUUUAGAUCUGCGCGUUCAAGCGACAAACACACAAAUAUUCCAUUUAUUAAGAAUUUUGAAAGGUACGGUUAGCAAAAAAAAAAAAAAAAAUUAAUCGUUUGAGCACUAUUGUAAGAAACUGUUAUGAUUGGUGUUAGUGCUAAUCUAGUCUUAUCUUCCAUUAGCUGUAAUUGUAUGUAUAGUUACUUAUAAUAGAGGUACGGUCGGCAAAAAAAUCUUUUCAAUUUUAUUUUUAAUAUAGAUUUUUCUGUCUCUUUUCAAAGAUUCGAGGCAAUACAAAUUGUGUUAACGAUUAUAUAUCUUUAUCGAUUUUUUAUUGAGUUUUUUUUUUUCUAUACAUCUCGUAUUUUGGAAUAUACUGAAAAACCAAUUUCGUAAUUGUCUGUCUUUUCUAUUAGCUAAUCUCGGAAGCGGAUGUAUCGUUUCAAAUGGGAUUUCCAUUUGUGAGAUAGUUCUUGUUAUAAGACGUAACUUGGGUUACUUAGACAAGCAAGUAGGAUAUCGCACAAUAUUUUUCGUUAUAUAUAAUAAUUAAUGUAAGAAAGAUUUAAACUUACAAUUUAUU